AUGUCGACCGUUAUUCUUGGAGGAGGUAUCAUUGGCAACGCAAUUUCGUAUUAUCUGUCUACAAAUCAGCCAGAGGGUGAAGUCCACAUCAUUGAGCAAUCAACGGAACUUUUUUCAGCAGCUUCAGGUUAUGCCGCAGGUUUCCUAGCGAAAGAUUGGUUUGCGCCGUCUCUUGCACCUCUUGGUGCUUUAUCGUUUGACCUGCAUACUGAGCUCGCCGCCGAGAAGGACGGAAAAAAGAACUGGGGAUUUAUGAAAGGGACGGCCUUCAACUUGGAUACUGUUCCUCGCCAGAAACAGAGUGCUCCACAGGCUGAUGACUGGAUACACACCGGGACGAGUCGGGCGGAGACUGCGGCGGGAUCUCAUGAUCUUAGUGCCUUUGAAUGGCCGGAGUGGUUGACGAAGCAGAAAGAUGGCAAUCUAGAGAAGAUCAGCCAAGAAGGAAGUGUGGCUCAAGUUGAUCCAUUAAGAUUAUGCCACCAUCUAAUGAACAGUGCGACGUCUCGAGGGGUGAAACUUCAUCAUCCAGCCAAGGCAACGGCAGUUGUAAAAGAUGCGAAUGGCACAAUUACCGGUGUUAAUAUCGUGCGCCUGGAUUCGAAAUCAGAGUCCAUAAUCCCAUGUACAAACCUUGUUCUGAGUACGGGACCUUGGACGCCACAGGUUUUCAAAAAUCUGUUUCCGUCCUCGAGCAUAUCAUUGGAUAUUUCGCCUCUAGCUGGCUAUUCUCUUGUCGUUCGCUCUCCUCGGUAUACUUUGGAGCAUGAGAGGAAUGUCCACGGAGGUCAGAGCCACGCUGUGUUUACCGAACACCCUCCGUCGUGUGGGUUCAGCCCCGAGAUCUUCCUGAGGGAAGGUGGUGAGAUUUAUAUCGCUGGUCUCAACUCCACAACCAUGAAUCUUCCCUCUUGCGCAGAAGAUCGAAGGCGGCUUUUUGAUCCACAAGAGAUGCAAAAACUCAAGGAUGUGGCGGUCCGUUUAAUGGGUGGUCUUGCUAAAGAUAGGGAAGAUGCCACCGACGAGACAACCAACGUCAAUGAUCUAGAGAUACUACGAGAAGGACUGUGCUUUAGGCCUGUAGGUAGUACUGGUGUUCCCACAAUUGGCAAAAUCGAUAAUCCAUCCUUGGGAGGAGGAACAAAAGCAAGUCCUAGUGGAGGCGUGUUCAUUGCAGCUGGACAUGGACCAUGGGGGAUAUCAUUGAGUCUUGGGACGGGGAAGAUUAUAUCUGAGAUGAUCAAGAAGCAGGAACUCUCAGUUGAUGUGAGAGGGCUUGAGGUGAAGAAAUAG